UAUCCCCACGGUCUUUGCUUCUUUUUCUGUCACACUAUUAUUAUUAUUAUUAUUAUUACAGCCUCAGGGGGUCUCUGACAAUUGGCAAGUGCAAGGCUUGUUUGCGGUAUUCUGGAAACUGACCUGCAUCCUCCGAUCCUCGAAACGACGCAUGCCACCGAAACCGCCCCUACCACUCAGCGAGGAGUGGACGGACCCGGAUGCCUACGUCGAUGAGCUCCUGUCCUUUAUUACCUCGUCGGAUUUGUUUAGACAUGUCUGCGGGGGUGUUCACAUGCAAGAUUUUUUGACGCGGCAGCCCGAUCUGUAUACUGAGUUGUUGCCCGAAUCAUGGAGGACAUUCUUCGAUAAACAUGAAAUGCAGGAUAUUCUGCACCUUUUGCUCAGAGAAGAUAUUUAUGCGCUUCGGGAUCGGUAUCUAAAUGAGUCUGCGAAUGAGGAGGGGCAAGAUGGUUGGAAUGGAGGCCCGUUACCACCGACAGAUCUCGUCGAGUACAUCUACCAAAUCCGAAGAUUGAGUCUGGGCCGCGACUUUGUUCCCGCGCAAUCCACGAAUCCCACGAUACCCAAACACAUCUCGGUUGGAAUGAAUAUGAAGAAAUACCACGAGGUGGCGCAUUUCUCCGACUACGUUGACUCCCUCUGUAACACCGUCGCGAAACAACGAGGCGAGGGGAUCUCCCACAUUGUCGAUUUCGGAUCGGGCCAGAACUAUCUUGGACGCACCCUUGCGAGCCAACCAUACAACAGACAUAUCAUCGCCAUUGAGAGGAGACACCAAUAUAUUAGGGGCGCAAAGGGAUUUGACGUGCAUGCCAAGUUGUCUGAGAAACAAGUGGUUUUCUACAACAACAAAAAGGAAGAUCCGUGCAAGGUCUGCAAAGACUCGGAGGAGCCGGAGGAGCCGGAGGUACAAAACCCAGAUGUGCCACAGCGGACGAUGGAAGUCGUGCAGAGCACUCCUGGGGAAAUUGCACCAGAACCCGUGAACGGGGACGACGAUGAUCUCACUGUCGUUAAUGUGUUUCGGGAUGUUAGCCUUGAGCCAGGCGAGUUUGGAUUCAAACCAGACGACAAGGGUGCACACGCACCCAAACCUAAAAAGCCUGUUGUUGAUGUCGAAUCUCUUAAGCCGGGCGGUGCCAUGGAUUAUAUUGAACACGAGAUCAAGGAUGGGUAUCUAGAGCCUAUCAUCAAAGAUGUGGUGGAAUCGCCGCCAGUCGCUGAAUCAGGAUCCCAACUCACGAACAAUACCAAGGACGCCACGGACCCCAAUGUCAUGGUGAUUUCCCUCCACUCAUGCGGAAACCUCCUCCACCACGGCGUCCGUUCCCUGGUCCUGAACCCUUCCGUCAAAGCAAUCGCCAUGAUCGGCUGCUGCUACAACCUUGUCACAGAACGACUUGGUCCAGCAACCUACAAACUCCCCAUCCUCCGUUCCCUCCACCCCCGACUCACAAAAGAAGCCCUAGCUUACGACCCCCACGGCUUCCCCAUGUCCAAGCGCCUCGAGGACUUCGAGCACGACAGUGGCACAGGCGUCAAAGUAAACAUCACCGCGCGCUCCAUGUCCCUCCAAGCCCCUUACAACUGGUCCCGCCCCGAAAGCGAAAACUUCUUUACCCGCCACUUCUACCGCACUCUCCUCCAGCGUAUCCUUGUCGAUCGCAAUAUCGUCUCCAGACCCUCCGUCCCGACAGACCUCUACGAAAAACCCGCCUCCAAAGAGGAUUCCGCAAAUCCACUCGUCGUAGGAUCCCUCCGUAAAGCCGCCUUCGUCUCCUUCCGCGCGUACGUACGUGCCGCAACCGCGAAACUCACCCGCGACCCGAAAUUCGGAGAGAAGGUCCGAGCCGGAAUGGAAGGCCUUACUGAGGAGGAUCUGGACCGUUAUGAGAAGGACUUCCAGCAGGCGAAGAAACAACUCAGCGUUACGUGGAGUUUGAUGGCAUUUAGUGCGUCGUUGAUCGAGGCGGUUAUUGUUGUUGAUCGGUGGCAGUUUUUGAGAGAACAUGAUGAGGUUAAGGAUGCUUGGGUUGAGCCGGUUUUUGAUUACACGGAGAGUCCGAGGAAUCUUGCUGUGAUUGGAAUUAAAAAGUGAUUUUCUGCAUUGUCGCUAUAUUCAUGAUACAUGUUUGAUGAAAUAUAGAAUUGUGCUAUAUACUUGAUACCCC